UCUUUUUCCCCCCAAUUCCUUUCUCCCCUACCCCGAUUCCCUUUAUUUUUACCCCCAAUUUCCCCAAAUCAGCAGCCCUUUUAUUUUUCCCAAACCAUUUCUCCCCUUCCCCGAUUCCCUUUAUUUUUCCCCCCAAUUUCCCCAAAUCGGCAGUCCUCUGCAUCUCCUCAUCUUCUUCCUCACAUUUCAUUCGUCCCAAAAAAACAUUUCUAUUCCUCUUUUAUACAAACAAAAAACAAUGGCUACACCGUUGCUUCAUCUUCUUCCUUUACCAUGCUUCAUUUAGCUUCAUUGUUCUCCAUUUUCGUAUUAGCUUCAUCUUCUUCCGUUGCUUCAUUGUUCUCCAUUUUGACACUUUUAGCGCAGUCGAAAUGUUUCUAAUAUGUGCUUGAAGUUGCUGUGUAUUCCAGGGGCUUUGGGAUGCAGAAAGCGACAAUGAUGGCUAACAAGAAGGCUGCGUUUUGCGGGUUAUAUCCCAGUUUUAGUCAUUCUAUCUAAAAUGCGAUAAGAAAUUUUUAUUUAAGAAAUCAAGUGGAAUUAAGAUUCUGUUUUAGUAUAUUUAUGGUCUUAACGUUGUUGUCGUUAAUUGAUAUUUUUAGGUUCAAUUGAUUCGGAUACAAAUGAGAGUUCCCGAGUAUGGUUGGACCACGCAGAAGGUCUUCCAUUUUCUAAAUUUUCUGGUGAAUGGGGUUCGCGCCUUAGUUUUUGUUUUCGGACGGAGUGUGCAGAAUUUACAUCCAGAGAUUGUUCAACAUAUCUUGCUUGACAUGCCGAGUCUAGCUUUCUUCACGACAUAUGCACUUUUGAUUUUGUUUUGGGCUGAGAUUUACUACCAGGCACAUGCUGUAUCAACUGAUAGAUUGAGGCCUAGUUUCUUUACAAUUAAUGCUGUAGUUUAUACUAUUCAGAUAGCAAUGUGGCAGAUAUUGUGGUGGAAAUAUAUUCCACUUUUAGUCAUUCUAUCUAAAAUGUUCUUUGCAGGUUUGUCACUAUUUGCGGCAUUUGGCUUUUUACUGUAUGGUGGAAGCAGGGAUGAUGAAGAUGAUUCUGUUGCCAAGAUGAAGGCAGCUGAGGAAGCCUUGGAAGCAAAACAAAAAGUAACAAAUAGCUUGUCUACUACCUGUUCUUUUCUUUUUAUCAUGUUUUAUAAUUUUGUGACAAAUUGUUCUUGGUACUCUGAAGAUAUUUAUGCAAAAUUACCCUAUGAUUCUAUUUUAUUUAUACUGCAUGGUUGCACCAUGUAUUUCUUAACUAGUUUGAUAAAUUUUAUGUGUGGUGUUUAAUUUUCCGUUA